UCUAGUUUGCAAUUUUGAAGACAAUUCCCCUUCGGAACAUCACAUUUUUCUAAGUCUGUACCUGCUCUCAUUUAGUCAUUUACGCAUUUAUUGGAAUUAUAUGUAUAGGAUUUAAUAACUUGUUUACCAAAUUAUAAGAUAUUAUUGCUUUUUUACAUAUUUAAACUGGAAUACUCUUAAAUAGUAAAAUGUACACUAUGUUCAGUAUUCUACAUUUCUACUUCUAUAAAUAGUGUAUGCUCUGCCGAAUCUCUUGAUCCCUUCAAUCAGGCCAACCGUGAUUUUUAUUAUCACAGUAUAGCCAAGUGCCGUUUCGGAUAAUUUGUUUAUGAUAAUAUGCGCUAACCACCGUUAAGGUUAUUACCACAGUACCACGACUCGUGCAGCCGUGCGCACACUCGGUAGUAAGAUUUACUUAUAAUAGUGAUUGCUUUAAUGCUUUGUCGUUAAUAAGUUGGUUUGGUUGUAUGAUAAGUUCUUUCAGUUCUUUGUGUGGCGAUCUAGCGCCCUACUAGAAAAGGAAAGAAAAUUGUCGUCGCCGCACAAAAGAACGACAGGCUCAGUGAACGGUGAAAGUCUAACCACCGAUCCGUCUGAAAACGAACUGUUUACCGUAUUGAUUGAGCAGUCUCAAUAGCACUACGCGCUAAUAGCGCUCAGUCGACGACAGUACGACAACACGUUCGGUCAUCUCGACUUUCUGUGAUACGUUUAAAUAAAUAUUUCGUAUAGGACAAAUGGUGCGAUAAACGAAGAGCUACUUAUGCGACCAGUGCCGGGCACUUUGAGUUGUGCCGUCGCGCGUCUGCACGCCCGAAAGUUUAGAAUGGAUAAAGCAAAUAAAUUCAUUCGGCCAAUAGGAUUCAGGCGGCGAACAAGAUCUGCCAGUAGCGUUGCAUAUCCUGACAAUAAAGCUCAAAGUGAUGAUUCUAGUAGUAAUUCCAAAGAUGUAGGAGUGUCUAGUAUUUAUCAUAGUGAUUCAGAUGAUAUAAGUGGUGCUCCACAACCAAUUCGAUUUGCUUUACUAUCAAAACAAUUAAUGCACUUGGAAUCAGAUUCUGUCAAUGAAAACUUAACCCCUGGAAGACCAUUCACUAGAAGAAAAAGAAAAUUCAAAAAAAUGAUAGUAGAUCCAGACGUGAAGUUUCCUUCACAAAUGACAAGUAGUUGUUCUCAAAGUAGUAGCAGUGAAAAGAGAAGGACUACACGUCACUCAGCUAGUAUGCCAAGAAACUGCGGAUCAUUGAUCUUGGCUAUUGGUAAAAGAAAACGUAGUAAUCGAGAAAUUAUAGCUGGUAGUUGUCACCAGGGUACUUCAAAUAUCAAAUCAAUGGAUAUAGACAUUGCUAGUAGCUCAAGUAGUAUUAGUUCCUCAGAAAGUGAAGCUGGAAUUUUUACUAAUGAUGAAGGAAGAGAAGGGGAUGAUGAACAGAGUGAUUGGGUUGGUAAUGCAUGUGGAGCUGGUGGAGUAACCGAUGAUGAUGCUGAACCAAUGAAAAUUGAUUGUCAGAAAUUAUUAUCUGUAAAUUUACAAAAUAGUACUUUAGCUGAAGGAAGAGGACCUGGGCGUAUGCCAAUGUGGCAUAGAAAUACUUUUCUCAAGAAGAGUGAUAGAGAAAUUCGUGGAGGUUUACGCAGAGUUCGAUCAGUUAAACCUAGUUUCUCUGUUAUAACUUCAGCUAAUGAAAAAGUAUCUCGUUUUUUACGUGAUCCGGCUCAGUCUGAAUUAAGACUGCAUCCAAUGCCAAAAAAGGAACAAGACCAACUAUCACAUUUAGCAGAAAUGUAUUCUCUUCAUAUGCAACUUAAUGACUCGCCAAAAAAAGGAGUUACUCUGACCAAAACUGACAAUACAAUUCAAGUAGAUUUAGAAGCUCCAUUUUCACAUCUCAAUCCAUCAAAAGAUCACAAAAGAAAGAAAUCUGCAUCUUCUGAAUUAAGUUUAGGCUUGCAAGCAUUACAUAAUCAAGCAUGGAUACCUAUAGUUCUUGAAGACAAGCCUUGUACAUCAUCUCAAACAGAAACUUCAAAUCAGAACAAAUGAAUAUGAUUAUAUAUUUGUGCCAACUAGUAAGGCUGAAACUAAAUGAAAAUGCAGCUUUAACAUGCUUGUUUUACUAUUUACAUAUUAUAUAUAUUUAUAUUAUUA